AUAAUAAUACAUACAUAUAUCUUGAGAAAUCAGGUUAAUUAUAUCUUGUUAGUUUAGAUGUACAUCUCUUUUUAUUAUUAAUAAUAAUUUAUAAAAUUCUAUAUUAAAUAACUGCUUUAUUAAUAAAAAAUACGGCCCACUGUUAUGAUACAUAAAGAACUUGUCGGGUCGGGUGAUGCUCGAAGAAAUAUGAACGGCUCAAUCUCAUGCCAUGCGUUAUUGGUUAAUGGGUAGUGAGGAUUGUCAUACGGUGGUGUAAAAAUAUAAACGCCUUGUCGUUCUCUAAAAUACGUGGAUGAGAAAAAUACGACCGUUCUGUACAUUUUGAACCCGGCGAAAGGAAAAAGGACCGUUAAAAGAGUCGAUGCUGUCAUCUCCUUCCUCUUCGCUCAACGGCUUGGUUUUUUCUCCCAAAAUAGAAAAGAGCACAACAAUGAUAAGAAAUCAGAGACAGAAAAUAAUCCAUUUCUCUUCUGCACCAGAGAAAUCAAGGGAAAGAGAGAAGAAGAAUGAGCGUGAUCGACAUCCUCUUCAGAGUCGACGACAUUUGCAAGAAGUACGAAAAGUAUGAUCUCGACAAACAGCGCGAUCCGAAUUCCCAAGCCGAUGAUGCCUUCGCUCGCCUUUAUACUGCUAUUGAAACCGAAGUCGAGAAAGCUCUUCAUAAAGUAGAAGCGGCUUCGAGGGAUACAAAUAGGGCGGCUGCUGUUGCAAUGAAUGCGGAGGUUCGUCGGACCAAGGCUCGAUUAAAGGAGGAAUAUCCUAAGCUGCAGAAAUUUGCUCGCAAGAAGGUCAAAGGGCUUUCAAAAGAAGAACAAGAAACUCGUAAUGAUCUGGUCCUUGCACUUUCAGAUAGGAUUGAUGCAAUUCCAGAUGUGACCACAACUGCAUCUAAUGCAACUGGGGGAUGGGAAACUUCAUCAUCUAAUAAAAAUAUAGUGUUUGACUCAUCAGAUGGGAACUUUAGCAGUGAUUUCUUCCAACAAACCAAAGAAUCAAAUCAAUUUAGGCAAGAAUAUGAAAUGCGGAAAAUGAAACAGGAUCAAGGUCUUGAUAUUAUUUCAGAGGGUUUGGAUACUUUGAAAAACUUGGCGGAUGAUAUGAAUGAGGAGUUGGAUAGGCAAGUUCCAUUAAUUGAUGAAAUUGAUACAAAGGUGGACAAGACAACAGCUGACCUGAAAAAUACUAAUGUGAGGCUCAAGAAAACUCUUCAUCAGGUGAGGUCAAGUCGGAACAUCUGCAUCGACAUCAUUUUGCUGUGCGUAUUACUAGGGAUCGUCAGCUAUAUAUACAAGUAA